AUGUGGUUUAACGUCUCUCGGAAGACAGCAAUCUUUCAGUCCUUAACGAUCCUGUAUUUCGGCAGUGUGGUAUCUGGUGGUGAGAUGGAGGAGAUUUAUGUGGUGAAAAGAGCGGAUUCAAGUACGGAUUCGAGCACGCCCACAUCAACAUCAGGUAGCUCUAGAAGGUCCUCUACGGGUGCCAGAUGCACUGGUAGUAGAGCAGAGUGCCAGAGACCAUCCAAUGUCGGUGCUUUGACGGUAGGGCUAGCUAUAGCCAUUCCUGUGGGAGUUGUCAUUCUUGUUUGUGCAGUGGUGCUUUACAAGGUGUAUCGUAGAAAUAAAAAAGAAGCAGAAGAGGAUAAUGAUCCAGAUUUUGAUGGAGACGCGGAAUAUAUGCCUUCGGUUGAUUAUCAAGCCUACAAUUUGGGGUCUGUUUCGAACUCAUCGAACUCGCGUACACCUAUGGACAACAGAGAAAAAUAUGAUAACUACUUCCCACCGCUUUAUGGUAAUCACAAUAAUCCAGGCUAUCGGGACUCAUACAGGAGCUCACGCCAAAAGAUGGUAGAUCCAUUCUUUGUGCCACACGUUUCCGAUGAAAACUCCCUGAGAGACUUCGCCAAGCAGAUUCAAAGUGAAGAUCUAGGGCCUUACAGGAUCGCGUCAAACCAUUAUUCACGGAGUGCGAGCCAUUCUUCAUUACCUUCCGAAAAGAAUUUGGCCAGUAUGUCGCGACGCAACAAUUCAAGUCUGAACACUUCGACAUUGAAUGAUCCAUCAAACUUACAGAAAAGCAAGACGCAAGAAACAGAUUCUACUUCCUCAACUGGGUCACAUAUCUACGAAAGUCCUGUUAAGAGUACAGCUGGUGAGGCAACAGAGCAAUAUGUCGAGCAUAAUAGCGGCUAUGAUGUCGAACACUCUAGAAAUGACACUACGAUGGAUGAUUCUUUUUCAAAUCAUAUUUUAAAACCUGAACCGUCGCUACAAAGAAAUGAAAAUCGAACUGGAAACGGAAUCUCCAGGGACACUUUCAAUUUUGAAAUGCUAAAUGGCAGUGAUAUUGGUCAUCAGUCACCAUUUGGAAAUGAUGCCAAUGAAAUGCUUCCAAGAGAAAACAGAUCGAGAACUGCUGCCCUAAACGAGAAAAAUUCGGAUGAUGUUCGUGAACAAAAUCGUAUCCUUCAUCUAUCAGCAGAAGAAGAGGAGAAUAUUCAGAGAAUGAAAAGUAUUUACAAGGUUUAUCUCGAUAGAAAUGGCACUGUGAAGCAAAAUCCGUUCGAAAACGAUGCUGAAGAUAAAGAGCCAUUAGAGGAUAUCCCCGUAAGAAAGUCUGUGGAAAGGUCACUUGCAAACGAUGUACAUCAAGAAUCCAAUCUAUCCGAAGUUCCAGUCGACCAGUCGGCUCUGCAUGACUCACAGAAUGAACUAAAUUUGCCAGAACAAUCUCACAGGAUAGCGUCUUCGAUAUAUUCAGCGCUACCUCCUCAAGUGCCAGAAUUUCAGCAGUAUCAACAACUUCCAAUUUCAAAUGGAAGACCGCUUGAAAACGACAACUACAAAGAAUAUGGUCCUCCAUAUCAGUCAGCAGGAAAUGGGCCAACGCAACAGUAUCCAACGCAACAAUAUCCAACGCAACAAUAUCCAACGCAACAAUAUCCAACGCAACAAUAUCCAACGCAACAAUAUCCAGUGCAUCAACCAUACCCCAUGCAGAAUUAUUCAAAUCAUCCGUACGCCAAUCAAUAUGCACAUCCACAAACGUUUGAAAGUAUUGACGAGCUGCCAACACCGACAAAUUUACCGUACUCAUCUUCAUCACAUUCACUGACAUCAUUCAAACAAAAAUCAAAACAAGUUGCAUUGACGCAGUUACAAGCUGCCAGAGUGAAUGGGACGGCUGUGAAUCCGACAGACCAUCCGGAUAUGUUUUAUUCGCAAGAUGCCCUGCAUUUGUAUUCGAAUAAUGGCUACAACCAACCCAGAGCUCCUUACCAAUUGAGGCAAAGUGUUGUCAUGACAAAUCCAUCCGACCUGGUGGGUGCGCCAAGAUUUAAACCGGCAGGUUCAAUCAGAAACAUGAGUUCAGUGAACUCCAGGAAUAAUAGUAUGACAACUGGACUAAACCAGCAGUUUCUACAAAGCCAAAUACCUGACAACAGAGUUAGCGGUCUUUUAAAUGACCACGACUUAAUUCAACCGCCAAGUGUCACAGGAAUUCUACCGCAUAGCAGCUCUCAAGAAGACUUGAGAAAACAAAUUGGCACGUCGCACAAUUACAAUGUGUUCUGA